AAUGAAAUAGGUGGCUUAGAAAUAAUCACCGAACCAAAUGAAACGACAAUUUCCUUCACUGGAUCCAACCAAACAUUUGCUUGGAAUUUUAACCUCACUUUGGAGGAGAAAUCAAAGCAAGCGACAGUCAUCUUUGCUCACUGGAGUAAGGAAGGCGACAGGAUUUCAGGUUACCACUGGGUAACAGUUAUUCGAGAAUCAAAUGGAAGCGAAUCAGUGAAAAAAUAUACAGGGGCCUUAAUCACAAGGCGUUUACAGUGGGUGGGAGACUUGGCCCGUGGCUUUGUGGCUUUCCAACUUCUGAACGUUCAAUUAAAAGAUUCUUCCGAUUAUGGGAUCAGGUUCUGCUUUGAUGAUUGCCUUAAUUUAAAAGCAAGUGGGUUUACACUAUUCGUUCAGGUAGGAAAUAAUUUCUUUUCCAAAAAAAUCUGUAACUUUCUAAAAGAGUACUCCACAGUUCGAGAAAUGGUCAUUUGCGCAUUAGAUAAACUGGAAGAGAAGAACUUUGUCAGGUAAAACGCGCGAGCUAUAAUCACUUCUUUUACAUUAUCAAUGAUGUCUGUUUCAUCAAAAAUCUCUUUGUAACGCAAAUAUCUUCUUUCAGGUAAGCUUAGCCAGUUUCCAUCAUUCAUUACGCUCAGCUCAAUGUAGUCAUUAGCUUCUUUAGAAAGAGAAAUAUCAUGCAAAUUCAGUCAAAUGUAUUUAAAUAUAUGAUUAUAAAUAGGGAAACUUCUUUUGUGAUCGAAAAAUAAUCGAGGUUAGUAUUUACUAAUAGAGUGGAUAGCUUUGAAGGCACGUUCUCUUUGGCUACUCAAACUCCGAAUGCCCUUUUUUUAUCAAAAUUUCAACUCCGAAGAUUUCUUUUCUAGUGUUCUGAUUGGUUGACUCGACUCCGGUUAUCAGCUCAUAUUCCGAGUCACCAUAUAUGGAAAUGCUGUGUCAACUGUUGUAGAGCAGAAUAAUGCUCCAAACAUUCAAACGUUCAGGAUUUCAUGAAAUUUAAUAAAACAAUUUUUCCAUUCGCGCUUGUUGGAUACGAGAUUGGCUACAGACAACUCGACGCAAUGUGCCUUGUUGGCUCUUUACCGUCUCAUAUCCAGCGCACGCUCGUGGAAAAAUUGUUAAUCGAGUGAAUCGAGCUGAUUGGCUGUUUCGGAAGUGAAUAAUAAAUUUACCUCAGAGUCGGUAAAAGAAGUGAAUAUUUACCUCACUGCUUCGUGGUUCAGUAAAUAUCCACCACUUUUCAUCUCCUCUAUCGUGAUUAUUGAUAACUUUUACCUCCAAGGAACGCGCGCAGGAAUUGCAGGAGGAAUCGUUGUAGGAAUAAUCGAUUUAGAACUUUUUCUGUGCCAUACUGUCUCAAUGUUUUAGUACAUACUAAAGCAAAUACUCACCUCAGUGUCGGUGGCUUGCGAUGGAUAUUUACCGAGCUGCAAAGCGGCAAGGUUAAUUUCCACCACUACCAGUGGUGAAUGGUUGUGAAGUAUACGAGUUUUCCCAGGUUUGCUUCAAUGCUAUGUUUUUUAGAGUUUUCACAGGCGGAGAGCCACUUUGUGAAGUCUUGUAAUUAGACUUAAGAACAACAUUUCUGCCCUCACAGGAUCCACCUCCAUCACCAACCAGACCACCAGGUAAUCCCUCUCUUUUCUCCCCUUCCUUAGAAUACAUAGAUAACCGUUAACCGUUAACCGAUCGAUGUUCAAUGCUUAUAAUUUUUUUUGUUAUUAGACAGGCUAUCCUGAAAAUGUACAACUCCAUAUGCUCAAAUCACGACUGUAAAUGUUAGUGAUGGAGUCAGUUGAUUGACGCGCAGAUUGAGUUAGCGAGCCUUUUUGUGAGGAGUUAGCCUGACAUAAGUUUAGAAGGGGUUAUAGAUGUUCCUAAUGAUAGAAAUGGUGCAACCGUGUCUGAUGUAGACGCUUGAGGUCAUAAACAUUCUUUGUCAUGCAGAACCUGAAAAUAUAACCCUCGAGAUUAAGGAAGGAGAACCACUGAACAUCACUUGCCGUGCCAGAAUGAGGACGGAAAGUACAUCUGUCAUGUGGCUGAAAGACAACCGACUCAUCGAGAAAGGACGAAACAGAUUCCUCUUCAUUCAAAGUAUAAAUAAAUCACAAGCUGGAAGCUAUAUGUGUGUUUCAAUUUCCCAAUUCGGAGAUCACAGCCCGUCUUUUACUGCUGUUGAUGUUCUAUGUGAGUAUUUUGAAGUGUGCCCAACUCAUCGGUUGCUAGUUUAAAGUGAAGCCUCUAUUUUCUAACAAGGGAAUCCCGCUAUCCAUCCAUAGAUUUUUCCAUAAAAUUAAUGCACUUUUGAAACAUACCAGGAACUAUUUGAUGCAAAAAUUUCACACUAGGCCAUAGAAGAACCGAUUAAGCCCGAGGAGUGUUUACCCUUGUGUAAAUUUUUGUCCAAACAGUUUUCCUUCUUUCAGAUGCACCGAAAAUAAUCAACCCUAAUAAAAAAGUGGCUUUGGAGUUAACAAGAGGAAAUUCAACCAGGCUUAAAUGUACAGCCGAUGCAAAUCCUUCCCCAACUUUCACUUGGUACACGCACGAUGGAGAGAUUACGCAAGGCUUUUCACAUAACUCAAACUCAAGUUCCUUGAUAGUCACUCCCAUAAAUGAUAGGGACUUUACAAGUUACAUAUGUUUAGCAAGCAAUAAGAUAGCGAUUGACUCGGUGACGUUCACGUUGCACGAAAAGGGUAAGUGUAAUAACAGCCUGGUCACGAUAUCUAUUUUGAGUUAGAGCAGUUACCAAAGCCUUGCAACCCAGGAGACCUCAAAGAUCAUUAUGCGGAUAGAAACUCGGUUAGUUACACGAAUCCACAAAUAACGAGGAACAUAGAAUGCAUGCACACGGAAUUAACGCUUAGAAAGUGGACUGUAAUUAUUAUGACUGAGCCUAGUUGAUAAUAAUGUCUUUUACUGGUCAAAACUAUGAUAAAUCGUGAAAUAUCCCACAGGUAUCAGAAAACACCCAGAGUUGCACGAAGAACCUGAAACAAGUGCCUCCAAAAAUGUCAAUGCAGGUUAGUUCCUCAGGAGAAAAGUUCAUGAAUAUUACUCUCUAGCAUUCGGAAUUCUUUUGAAAACAGUUACUUAGCUUAAAUUCUGCAUACUGCGCGCUCAAUUUGACCGCCUAUAUGUGAACAUUUUCGCACGAGCUUGAACGUUAUUUAGGUUAUACCGUUGAGCCCUUCAGAAAUUAUAAUUUGGAAUUUUCCGUCGUUAUAUUAUGCACGACAUAGCAAUACAUAACAUCGUUUUACAUCAAGGAGAUAUGCUUUGUGAUGAAAAAUUCCAGUUUUUUUCUGGCGGGAAGACGCAUUGGAUCAACUUUCGGGCCAUUUCAUAGGGCAGACUGUGCUAACUGGGAGAAAAUUCCAAAUUUUAGGGAGUAAAGAAAUAUUUCAGUUUUCUAAGUUUCCUUGGGUUUUGUUAGAACCUGUAUUUUCAAUGUCCUUAAUUGCCGAUUAUAUUAGAUUAUGAGUGAUUUAGAAGAACUAUAAACAUUCUUUGUCAUGCAGAACCUGAAAAUAUAACCCUCGAGAUUAAGGAAGGAGAACCACUGAACAUCACUUGCCGUGCCAGAAUGAGGACGGAAAGUACAUCUGUCAUGUGGCUGAAAGACAACCGACUCAUCGAGAAAGGACGAAACAGAUUCCUCUUCAUUCAAAGUAUAAAUAAAUCACAAGCUGGAAGCUAUAUGUGUGUUUCAAUGUCCCAAUUCGGAGAUCACAGCCCGUCUUUUACUGCUGUUGAUGUUCUAUGUAAGUAUUUUGAAGUGUGCCUAACUCAUCGGUUGCUAGUUUAAAGUGAAGCCUCUAUUUUCUAACAAGAGAAUCCCGCUAUCCAUCCAUAGAUUUUCCCAUAAAAUUAAUGCACUUUUGAAACAUACCAGGUACUAUUUGAUGCAAAAAUUUCACACUAGGCCAUAGAAGAACCGAUUAAGCCCGAGGAGUGUUUACCCUUGUGUAAAUUUUUGUCCAAACAGUUUUCCUUCUUUCAGAUGCACCGAAAAUAAUCAACCCUAAUAAAAAAGUGGCUUUGGAGUUAACAAGAGGAAAUUCAACCAGGCUUAAAUGUACAGCCGAUGCAAAUCCUUCCCCGACUUUCACUUGGUACACGCACGAUGGAGAGAUUACGCAAGGCUUUUCACAUACCUCAAACUCAAGUUCCUUGAUAGUCACUCCCAUAAAUGAUAGGGACUUUACAAGUUACAUAUGUUUAGCAAGCAAUAAGAUAGCGGUUGACUCGGUGAUGUUCACGUUGCACGAAAAGGGUAAGUGUAAUAACAGCCUGGUCACGAUAUCUAUUUUGAGUUAGAGCAGUUACCAAAGCCUUGCAACCCAGGAGACCUCAAAGAUCAUUAUGCGGAUAGAAACUCGGUUAGUUACACGAAUCCACAAAUAACGAGGAACAUAGAAUGCAUGCGCACGGAAUUAACGCUUAGAAAGUGGACUGUAAUUAUUAUGACUGAGCCUAGUUGAUAAUCAUGUCUUUUACUGGUCAAAACUAUGAUAAAUCGUGAAAUAUCCCACAGGUAUCAGAAAACACCCAGAGUUACACGAAGAACCUGAAACAAGUGCCUCCAAAAAUGUCAAUGCAGGUUAGUUCCUCAGGAGAAAAGUUCAUGAAUAUUACUCUCUAGCAUUCGGAAUUCUUUUGAAAACAGUUACUUAGCUUAAAUUCUGCAUACUGCGCGCUCAAUUUGACCGCCUAUAUGUGAACAUUUUCGCACGAGCUUGAACGUUAUUUAGGUUAUAUCGUUGAGCCCUUCAGAAAUUAUAAUUUGGAAUUUUCCGUCGUUAUAUUAUGCACGACAUAGCAAUACAUAACAUCGUUUUACAUCAAGGAGAUAUGCUUUGUGAUGAAAAAUUCCAGUUUUUUUCUGGCGGGAAGACGCAUUGGAUCAACUUUCGGGCCAUUUCAUAGGGCAGACUGUGCUAACUGGGAGAAAAUUCCAAAUUUUAGGGAGUAAAGAAAUAUUUCAGUUUUCUAAGUUUCCUUGGGUUUUGUUAGAACCUGUAUUUUCAAUGUCCUUAAUUGCCGAUUAAAUUAGAUUAUGAGUGAUUUAGAAGAACUAUUCUCUCGAAAACAGAUGGCAGAGAGUCACUCACCGAGUACCUGUCUAUAACAGCGGGCUUAGCGGUGAUCGCGAUCUUUGCUCUCUUCAUCAAACGAUAUAUGGCUAAGAGAUCCAGAGGACAGACAAAUCAGCGAACACGUGAGUAAAUAUCUGGUUAAAAACUAACCUUAUAAAUGAUUUUGACAUACAUUGUCUUAUAGUUUUAUACGCUGUUAAUUAAUGAUGCUGUGAGUAACGUGAAUUAAUUUUGCCAUUUCAGGUGAAGAAGCCGAUGAGCUCCAAAUGUAUGUAUUUAUUAAUUCCUGAAUGAAUUAUCACUCCCUAUCAAACAGGAGGCAAGAGGUUUUCGCAGAAUGAAUACUUUUAAAAAUAAUGACUAACAACAUAACUAAAAAGCAAACCGACCUAAUUCACUUUAGUCGAAUGUUUUCUAGUGCCGUUUGUGUCUAACUCCAGUCAUUUUUCCCGUCAUCUCUGCCACUCCUCACUCUCCCCCUUCCCCCACCAAUAUGGCUGAGUAUAGCCUAAGCUCUGACGUUAUCUAUUACCAGGGUGUCCUUGAGAUCGCAAAAUACAUGCAACGAGUUUUUUUCCAAAUGGAGCUUGCAACGUAUCCUCAUCGGGUGACCCUGAAUGGGAAAUACCGCGAGCAAGGCUGAAUGUGGAGAAGGUUAUUGGGCGUGGCGCAUUUGGCGUGGUGUCACGGGGCUUAGCGUUUGAUUUGCCGGGAAAACCAGGAUGGACUGUGGUAGCAGUGAAGAGCGUUCAAGGUUACAUUUCCCUUAUUUUCCACUAAAAAGACCUUUUGUACACUUGGGAACUAAUAAAAAAGACUCUAAUACAAGAAAUACAUGUACACUUAAAACCAUCAAGCUUUGAUCCGAGCAAUGUCGUAAACAUUUGAUGAAAUGAUCAGUGUGGCGCUGGGGAGAAGUUAGAUUUUAUAGAAUUGGUCAUUUUAAUGUUGAUUAAAUUCUGAUUUAAAUGGAAUUUUGGUUUGUUGGUAUUUACAAAGAUGAUGCUUCAGUAAAAAAGAGAAGGCAGACCUGUUGUCAGAGAUGUCACUCCUUAAACACCUAG